UCUGAAUGUACUCCAGUUUCAGGAACAGGAAGUGCCGCCGUGCUGUUGGCGUACGGACACCAGUUAAUGGUUUUAUGGCGAUCGAUUAGGAAUAUAAUUUAAACAUUAAACUGCAAUGCGAGAGUGUUAAAGCAGUAGAGGGGUCCUAAAGAAAACCAGAAUGUGGCGAUUUGGGAGGACGACCGGAACUGGAGCUAUAAGCUGGAGAACCUACAGGGCACUAAAAGAUUUGCCCUACAAACAUGAAUCAACAUUUUCAGAGAGAAAAAUGAAGUUUCCACCUUGUGAUUUCUGUUGUGUCAGAAAAGCAGGAUACUUAUUUCAUCCCAGUUUUAGAUCAUAUUCUUCUGGCACACCACUCACAGAUCCCAUAGAAGUCCACAAGCAAAAGUUAGCGCUGUGGUUCAGUCAUUUGCCUCGGGAAGAAAAACAGUUUGGGGGUUACUUUUCUCCUGAAACCAUGCACGUUGAGCCACUUAUUCUUGAGAAAGCGCCAGAAGAGGGAAAAGGCCUCUCUAUGAAUCCCUUCCAAGGAAAUGAAUCAUCAAGAAAAUCAGUCACAGCUGAACAGUUGUUUGAUCAAAAGUACGAGGAGGGACAGGGACUAAACGUAUUGCUCUAUGGAGCUGUUGGCACUGGGAAAAGCACAGUAGUCCGCAAGCUGGUUUUGGACUGGUGUGCUGGUUUAGCUCUUUCCCAGUUCAAGUUGGUGGUGCCUUUCUCUUGUGAAGAUCUUUCUCAGUUGUCUAAAGCCGCAUCACUGAGAGACCUUGUGGGUAGAAAGUAUGUACACCUUCGCAGGACACCAUUUCUUAGUGGGGACAGUAACCAAGCCAGAGAUGUCCUCUUCAUAUUCAAUGGGAUGGAGAAGAUGAAGUUAGAUUUUAGGAUUGCCACCACUGAAUUAUGCAGUGAUCCUAAUGAGGCUCUUCCAUCUGGGGCUGUUUUGGUGAACUUGCUGAGAAAAUACCUCCUACCUGAGGCCAGCAUUUUGGUCACAACCAGACUGUCUGCUGUAGAUCAUGUCCCAAAGAAAUAUGUGCAGCGCUUUGCUCAAAUCUGUGGUUUCAAUGAUCCUGAUCGCCAAAGAAGCUACUUCACAAGCAGACUCCUACAACAAAGCGGAGAAACACCAGGCAAAGAGGCAGAAUCUUUGAUUGAGAUGCUCUACCUAAACCUCCAGCGGGAGAGCCAGUUAGCAGCAGCCUGCUUUUUACCUUCCUACUGCUGGCUCACGUGUGCCACUCUUCACUUUCUGCACUUUACUGAUGCCAAGGCACCCAUUCGCACUCUUACCGGCAUCUACACAAGCUUCCUGAGGCUUAAUUUUGGAGGAGAAGUGUUGACGAUAGGAAGAGACCAAUCCGCAACAGAUGACGAGAAUUCAUUAAUGCUUUAUGUUGUGCGCACUGUAGGAAAACUGGCUUUUGAUGGAGUCAGCAGGAAACGUACUUCCUUUUCCGAGACUGACCUUGAACAGUGGGUCGGUGGAAAGACCAAAACUGACGAAGAGCUUCAGCAGUUGGCAGUGUUUCGUACAGAUGUGCUAGACUUUUUCCUCGUACCUUGUGUGGAACAUAGUCGAAAGACUACUGAAGCCGAUGAGAAACGCUAUGUUUUUGCUGUUCCAGCCAUGCAGGAUUAUCUGGCGGCACUUUAUGUUGUUCUUGGAGAGAACAAAACUGCCCUGGAGAAGGUGACUAAGGAAGUAUCAUCUGCAGUUGGACAAGCUGGUGAGGACCUCACUGCCUUAAUAGCCAUUCUCUCCAAGUUCUUACCUCUUAGGGUUUUUGCUCUGUUUAACUUGGUGAAACUGUUUCCCAAAUUUUCGGAUCGCGUAACUAACCUUAGUAAGGGGCGCAUUGCUAACACCAUGGCUGCAGAAAUGUUCCGCUCAGAAGACAGUUACAAUGAAGAUGUUCUCGAUCAAGUGGAGCAAAGCUUGCUGGGAGUGCAAGGUCCACAGCCAGAGCAAAAAGAUGACACAAGGUCCUUUGAGUUGUACCCGAUCUUUAUGGGAGGACUUCUUCAUUAUGGUAACAGAAGACUACUGGAACAACUUGGAUGUGACAUCAAGAGCACCACAGUAGCCCAGAUCACUCGAACCCUGAAGAAGCAGCUGAUCAAGGAGAGCCGUAAACGGCAGCCACCUGAGGAGUUGAUGGAUUUGCUGGUUUUGCUUUAUGAGCUCCAAAACCCUCGGCUCACUGCUGAAGUAUUGCAAUCCGUCAAGAUCAUCAACCUAUCCAAUGUGCGCAUGACUUCGCUGAAGUGCUUUGUGUUAAGCUCCGUACUGAAUUGCUUACCUCCUGGCUCCGUGCUAAAUGAGCUCAACCUGUCCUCCUGCCAUGUCACUCCAGAGUUACUACAGAUGCUAUAUCCUGCCUUUAAAAACACCAGAAGCCUCAAUCUGCAGUUUAACGAUCUGGAUCCUGAAUCCUGCAUGUUGCUGCGAGAUCUGCUUCUUAAACCCAACUGUAAAAUUCAUUCAUUACAGUUAUGCGAUAACUCCUUGUCGGACAGAGGAACCAGCUACCUUCUGGAAGCUCUGUCUGGUAACCAGUCUUUACAGAAGCUAUCUCUGAUGCAUACCGGCCUUGGAGAUAGUGCUGCUUCCGAGAUAGCUGCAAAGCUGGCCUUGCAUGGUGGGUUACAGGAGCUAAAUGUGGCCUACAACAACAUUGGAGAUGGUGCGGCACUUGAACUGGUUGACGCCUGCAGAGAGCACCCUACUGUUCACACAUUGCACUUGUAUUUAAACCAGCUAACUGACGUGGGAAAGCAGUCGCUGCAUGGCCGUGGUGUCCCGAAGGAAAAAGGUGGGAGAAAAGUGAAGGUGCUGGCUUCAGUAACCGAGGGCUCAGACAUCUCAGAGGAUUGGCAUCCCAUUCUGAGCAUCAUAGGGAACAACUCCUUAUCCUGGGAAAGGCAGCGCGUACGUGAACAGCUUCUGGUCUUCCUGAAGGAUCUGGAGUGGGGCCGUAAACAGCACUCGAGCUUCUGGAAGAAGUUGCACUUCCACAAAGUGGAGCGUAAGGUCAAGCAGACACUGCGCAUGCUGGAAAAAGGAAGCACUGCUAACUGAUGGAGCUGCUUUAUUACGCACAGCUGAACAAAUAUCUGUAAAUCUGGUCUUCCUUCUUUGCACUGAUAGUUUGCAUUAAUACAUUUGUGGAAACUUUUAAAUAGGUACUUGAACUCUCAGCUCAGGUGCACACAUAUAUGUCCAAAAGUAUGUGGACACCUCACCAAUCAUGUGUGCUUGUUAAACAUUUAUUUAAACACAUAAUCUAGAUGCAUGCCUCCUUAGCCAUAAUAAUAAAACUCACUGUUCUGGGAAGGCAUUCCACUAGAUUUUCAAAUGCUGCAUUUAAGGGUAUUGCGGUUAUUCUGCCACAAGUGCACUAGCGCGGCGAGGGCGAGGAGGUCUGUGGUACAGCUUGCGUUCAGGUUCAGUCCAAAUUCUUCAGUGGGGUUGAGGUCAGGGCUCGGUAAAGGUGGCAUGAGUUCUUCUACCCCAACCUUAGCCGUGUCUGCAUGGACCUUGCUGUGUGCACUUACAAAGACAUUUUACACAAUUCUGAAAGUGCAAUACUCAUGUUUCAGCACACCAAGGCGUGUUGGACGGUGCUAUGCUUCCAACAACAAUUUGUGGAGUGACACAUGCAUGUCAUGUUCUGGUGUCCACAUACUUUUAACCAUAUUGUGUAUAAAAAUUGCUGAUACAUGUUUAUGUGUAAUACAGUAUAUGUGGAGAAAACUGAUAUAUUUGCUUGUGUUGAUGCUGUAGUUUUGUUUCUAAAUGCUUUUGAUUCAUGACCAAAUUUCAACUUUUAUUGGUAGAAAAAAUAUUAUGUACCAAGCAGUGCUUCCUAAUAGGUCAGAGUGUUAGAAUGUGAAAAAGCAUGUUUUAUCAUGAAAUCAAAUGUAAUUUAAUGUUAGAGCUGUAAAUGAAUUAUUGUGCCUUAAAAUUGAAGAGUCAGCAAUUUGAGUACUGACAUGGGUAUUAAACUGUUGAACCCAAACAUGUGCCUUUAACUACAGGUAAUACCGGAAUUUCCUGCUAAACAACAAAAAAUAAAC